AUGGCGUCCACAGAGAAAAUCGAACACGGCGUUGAAGAUGAGGCGAAGAAACCUGUGAACUUGGACACAAUUCUCGUCUCUGAGAUUGGUCAGUUCGGCUGGUUCCAGCUUCGAAUUCUCGCUCUGGCUGUGUCGAUGGCCAUAUUCGCCGCGUGGGCCGCCGCCGAGUUCAACUUCACCACCGCGCGGAUACCCACCAGAUGCCUCAUCCCCGAGUGCGAGAGCGAGGAGUCGUUCGAGUUCCGAGCUCCGUGGCUGCUGAACGCCAUCCCGCCGGCCGGCAGCUCCUUCGACCAGUGCCGCCGCUACCGGAACGUGUCGUCCGUCCCGCCCGCGCCCGCCCGGGACACGCGGGACACGUGUCCCGCGCACUGGUUCAACCCGGACAGCGACAAGGAGUGCGAGGUGCAUCUGUAUGAGAACACUGACACCGUCGUCCACACCUUCGGGCUGGCGUGCGACGAGUGGCGCCGCACGCUCAUCGGCUCCAUCCGCACGCUGGGCACGCUGGUGGCGCUGCCCAUCACCGGCUACAUCAGCGACCGCUGGGGGCGCCGCACCGCGCUCAGCAUCAACGGCUUCACCACCGCCUGGAUGGGCAUCGUGCGCUACUGGGCCGACACCUACGUCGGCUUCCUCAUCUCGGAGGUCGUGGAGUCCAUGUUCUCUGGCGGAUUCUCUUGCGCGUACAUUAUUUUGAUGGAGCUGAUGGGUCCGAAGUAUCGAGUGGCAGCCGGCGCAUCUCUGAACACGUCGUUCUCAGUGGGGCUGGUGCUGCUGGGCUUCAUCGCGUGGGGCGUGCCCGACUGGCGCAACCUCACCCUGGCGCUCUACAUUCCGCAGCUGCUCACCUUCGGCUACUUCUUCCUCAUGGCCGAGUCCGUGCGCUGGUACAUGAGCAAGGGCCGCUUCGAAGACGCGGAGAGAGUUCUCAAGAGCGCGGCCAAGAGCAACAACAAAGAGCUUUCGGAGAAAUCUUUGGUGUUGCUCAGAGAGCACGCUCUAGAAGAAGAGAGGAAGAAGGCGGAUGAGCUGGCUCGUAAAGAGACCGAGCCGUGGCUGGUGGUGCUGGUGUUCCGCCACAAGAGGAUCCUGGUGCGCUGCAUGGUGUCGCCCGUGUGGUGGAUCACCACCACCUUCAUCUACUACGGCAUGUCCAUCAACGCGGUGAACAUGUCCGGCAACCGGUACCUGAACUACGUGGCGGUGUCGGCGGUGGAGAUCCCGGGCUACUGGGCCGCCGUGGUGCUGAUGGCCAGGAUCGGCAGGAAGCCGGUGCUGUUCUGCGCCUUCUGGGUCUGCUGCGCUUGCCAGAUCGGCUACAUCUUUAUACCUAGUGACCAGUACGCCGCGUCGCUGACGCUGUACCUGAUAGGCAAGUUCAGCAUCGCCAUGGUGAUGACGUCCAUCUACGUGUACACGUCGGAGCUGUACCCGACCAAGUACCGCCACAGCCUGUUCGCCUUCUCCUCCAUGAUCGGCAGGAUCGGCUCCAUCGUCGCGCCGCUCACUCCUGCUUUUGGCGCGGCGGUGUGGGACGACCUGCCGUUCGCGCUGUUCGCCGGGUUCGCCUUCGUGUCGGGCCUGCUGGUGCUGGUCACGCCGGAGACGCUGGGCACCAAGCUGCCCGACACCAUGGAGGAGGCCUCCGCCCUCGGCCUCAAGAAGAACGACCCCUGACACUCU